AAGAUAAAUAACUCACACCCAGCUCUUCUUCCUUAACUGUCAUGUCAGCUGGCAAGUUUUGCUUUAGCCCAACUCGCUAAACUCUCACACAUCAGCGUUCAACAGUGUCAGGCUGGCAAGUGCAGUCCUCUAGGAAUGACUUGGCAAGGUGUGUGUGUGUGUGUGUGUGUGUGAGAGAGAGAGACAGAGAGAAUGAGAUGGUUAGAGAGUGCUAGCUAGAGGGUGAUCAAGAGAGCCAAAUGGAGAGUGAGAGUGCAAGCGAGAGAGUGUGACAGAGAGGAAGCGAGAGAAGGUGAGUGAGAGCGAGAGUGAGAGUGAGACAGUGUUGUUUUCUUCUUCUUCUUCUUCUUCUUCUUCUUCUUCUUCUUCUUCUUCUCUGCUGUGGGUCGUAUGCAAGGGCUGUGCUGCUGCUGCCGUGUGCAGAAGCUGGCUGUGUGCUGAUAAGAUGCUUAUUCAACUCGAGACCCGACUGCACACCAACAGGAAGUGAUGUCAGAGACCAGGGAAGGCGACAGGAAGGGGCACAAAGGGGUCAGGUGUCCCGGGCCCAGGGAGAAGUGGGGCCCCAGAUAGAGUUGGGCUCUUAUUACCUUGUAUGCAUUGGAUAGGGGGUGGGCUUUUCAGAGGACUUUGUGCCUGGCCCGACCCAAGCUGUCAGCGGCCCUGGUGUUAGACCACAAGAGGAGCUGGAUUGUUUUGCUGUUGCAUUCGCUGCAGCUGUCCAGCAGGGCUCUGUCUAUCUCUCACUCUCUCGCUCUCUCUCUCUCUCCCUCCUUUCCUCUCUGUAUCUCUCUCUCUGUCUCUCUAUCCCUCCCGCUAUCACUCUCUCUCACUCUCCAUCUACUACCUCUCCCGUUCUGUCUUGUUUUCUGUCGUGGUUCCUUGCAGAUACCUUUCUCGUGGCUUGUUGUUAUCACCAUUAAUUGGUAAUGUUGGGAGCGUUUAGCUGUAGCUGUAGCUAUUUGAGUCCCUGUUUUUUGGUGCUGAUUUUUUACUCUUCCUCUCUAGCUGGGGGUACUGCGAGAGGGGGAAGAGAGAGGGACAGAGUAACUGUGUUACAAAAAUAGCACCCGUGUUUCGUCUCGCUCCCUCCUCUUCUGCUAGCACUUUCACUCUUAUUUUUCCUCUCACUCCGUCUGUAUCUGUCUGUCUGUCUCUCUCUCUCUCUGGCUCUUCCCCACUCUUGUCUCUGGUCUCUGUCUCUUCCUCAAUCCAGGCUGAACUACCCAGUUGCUGUAGGGGGUCCGUGUGUCUUCCAUGGAUACCCGUCUGCGGAAGUGGACAACAUCGCCGUAUCUAGACGAGCUCUUAGGCCCUCCGGAUUAGAAGAGGAGAGAGAGAGGGAGAGACACUGCACGGAGGACAAACAAGGACUUUGUUUACCAUCCCAGGAACCAUUUUUUUUUUCUUUUUCUUUUUUUUCUCUCUGCUGGAGUUUCGGGAUACAUUUUUUUUAAAAAGAGGCAAAACAAAGAAUAAAGUCGCAGAGGGGAGAGCGUGUUUCCAAGUGGAGGCCGAAAAGUUUCCGAUAAGGAACUGGCAAUCUGUGCUUGGCAAUGCCUCAGCCUAGCAUCAGUGGGAUGGACCCUCCCUUUGGGGACGCCUUUCAAAACUACACGUUUGCUGAUCAGGCACUGACUAGCACAGAUCUGUUGGCCAACAGCUCAGACCCCGACUUUAUGUACGAACUGGACAGGGACAUGACGUGUCGGCAGAGCCCCAAGGGCGAGGCCCUGGGCACGGUGGGCAUGGAGUGCCACGAGCUGGUUGGCAUGGAGGGCAUGGAGCCUCUGCCGGAGCUCGGGGAGGGCAGCGAGCUGGCCUGCAGCAGCUCCAGUUUCGAGCAGUGGGACAGCUACUGGGAGGACCUGACCAAAUACACGCGGCUGGCGAGCUGCGACAUCUGGGGCACCAAGGAGGUGGACUUCCUGGGCCUGGACGACUUCUCCUCCCCUUACCAGGACGAGGAGGUGGUGAGCCGCACGCCCACGCUGGCGCAGCUCAACAGCGAGGACUCGCAGCCGCACGUAUCCGACGUGCUUUGCUACCCCGAGCUGCUAUUGGCCGGCCCCAAGCAGCCCCCGCCACCCAUAUCCAUGCCCAUGUCCACCAUGAUGCUGCCCCCUCCGCUGCUGUCCUCCUCAUCGUCCUCGGGCAAGAAGGCGGGCCCCCUCGGCCGCCCCCACUUCCCUCCUGCCUCCUCCCCGUCCUGUUCGUACUCGUACUCUCUGUCCUCCGCCCCGGCAACCGCCUGCGCCAGCCUGAGCCAGCUGCCGGACUUCGCGGAGGGCUCACAGAAGGCCACCAGGCCUGUGGCGUCCAGCACAGAGACCAUGGCCAAGGCCGGACCCUCCAAGGCCCACGGUGCCACACUGGAUGGAGGUGGCAGUAACAUUGGCAUGGGUGGCGGAAGUGACUUUGUGCGCAAGGCCAAGGUGCGCAUCAGUGCGGGCCCCCACCCCCACCAUCACCACCCCCAUCACCACCACCACCACCACCAUCACUUCUCUGGCAAACUCCCCCAGGACCCUGAAGCCAUGAGCAGCCUCCAGUCUCCCUCCAGCCCCUGCCCGCUCAUGGAGCUUCCUAAGGGGGCUUCCUCCAGCAACGCCAAUGCUGCUUCUGCUGCUGCUGCUGCUGCAUCGGCGUCCUCCGUCAGCGGCAGCCAGGCGGGCCCCCGUGCUGGAGCUGGAGGCAGGGUGGCCGGCCAGACCUCCCCCAGUGGACCCGCGCCACAGAUCCCCGCGAUGGUGGACCGAAAACUCGCCUCCGAGGGCUCCCUCAAGCGUGAGCUGCCCGCCGCAUUGGGCGAGGAGAUGGGCGGUACGUCUCGUGGCCCACUGGCCGCCAAGCUGCACUUCACCGCCAUGCCAGGGGUCGGGGGUGCCGAGGGACUCCUGCCUGUGGUGGCCGUGACCACUGGUGAUGUCACAAUGGCCGCCGGAGGAGCCGUUGCCCUGGCGACGGGGGAGAAGAGCAAGGAGGAGGAGCACAACUACUCGCUCUUCCUGACCAGGGCACGGCUGGCGGGCAAAGCUCUGGUCGAGGAAGAGGAAGAGGAGGAGGAGGUGGAGGAGGAAGAGGAAGAGGAGGACGAGGAGGAGGAGGUGGGAGAGGAGGAAGAGGAAGAGGAGGAUGAGGAGGCCGGGCUGGAGCUGGAUGAUGAAGACCAUGACGAAGGCUUUGGCAGCGAGCACGAGCUGUCGGACAACGAGGAAGACGAGGAGGACGACGAUGACUACGAGGGGGAGGACAAGGACGAUGACAUCAGCGAUGCCUUCUCCGAGCCAGGUUGUGAUGUGGACAUGGGGGAUGAGGUGAAGGGUCUGACGGCGGGUCUGUCCCGUAAGCGGGGGAAGCGCCGCUACUUCUGGGAGUACAGCGAGCAGCUCAUGCCCUCCAAGCAGGAGCGCAUGCUCAAGCCCUCCGAGUGGGACCGAGACACACUGCCCAGCAACAUGUACCAGAAGAAUGGCCUGCACCAGGGCAAGUACACCCUGAAGAAGUCUCGGCGGACUGACGUGGAGGACUUGACCCCCAACCCCCGCAAGCUCCUGCAGAUCGGCAACGAGCUGCGCAAGCUGAACAAGGUCAUCAGCGACCUCACGCCCGUCAGCGAGCUGCCGCUCACCGCACGCCCGCGCUCACGCAAGGAGAAGAACAAGCUGGCAUCCAGGGCCUGUCGGCUGAAGAAGAAAGCCCAGUACGAGGCCAACAAGGUCAAGCUGUGGGGACUUGGCACUGAAUACGAUCGAUUGCUGUUUGUGAUAAACGCCAUCAAGGAGGAAAUUGUGAAGCGAGUCCAGGAUCCGUCUGAGGACAAGGGAAUGAGCAUGGCGGAGAAGCUGGACAAGCUGAUCGAGGAGACAUUGGUGAAGUCGCCAGUUGCCGGGCAGACGUCGGACUUUGUGAACCAGAUUCUGGAGACCACGGGCAGGGGGGAUCCCACAGGAGGGCUGGUGGGCCUGCGCGUGCCCACGUCCAAAGUCUAGUGAUGAGGUGCCCCUCACCCUCUCCCUCCCUCCUUCCUUCCUCAUAUUCUCUCCUCCCUCCCUCCUUCCUUCUUCUCCCGAGCCUGCGUUGGACAGCCGGGCCUGAAAAACACUUGAGCAAGAGAGAAAGAAAAGAAGGAGAGGAGCGAAGGAGAGAGAAAAAAAAGCCAUCUUGCACCAUCGUUGUCCUCGUCGUGCCUCAGUAACCGGCCCGUUGUCUGCAUGACCCACAUGGUCCGGAAAUGCAUCCCUGAUCUCCUUACCCCCCAACCUCCCACCCCCUCGAAAAGACCCUUGAACACCCCUUGUGGCCGAUGGGGCCCCUUUCUAGUACCCACAUGCCAGCCCUGGUAUCCAGUACGUAUUUACGCACUCGACUUCAACGCACAUGUAUACAUACUGUACUUACAUAUGUAUAUGUAUGUAACUCACCACUCACGUACAGUUCAAGCAUACAGAACCGUGGUUAGUAGUCUCCGCACUCAGUACUGUUUAUUUCUCCAACCAUCUCUGCAUGUGCUGGUAUAACAACAAACAAAAAAAAAGACAAAAAUGUAAAAACUAGAAGAAAAACCUGUUCGCAAGGGCCCGCUAUUUAAAGCCAAUAUACAAGAUACCUCCUGUGAAGAUUAUUCCUUUUUCUUUUUUCUUUUUCUUUCAGUACUCGAUACCUUUUUUUUCUUUCGAAAAUUUGAAUGAAAGAAGGAGAAAAAAAAAACACAAACACAGAAACAACACAACACAAACGAAACAAUAAUAAUCCGAUGUUGCUGUAGCUAUAUCCUGUAGCGAUCACCCAAGGACGCGUAUGUGAAGCUUCUCUACUGGUAAUGGGAAUCCACCUGUGGAUUGCAACGAAUGUCUCUUAAUCACCUUGCACAUUGCCUGCGUCUUUAUUAGCCAAUCCAAGCCGAGAAUAAUCACGGCUGUGGGGUUUGUCCAAGCUCAAGACAAAAGUGCAGGAGGAAAAAAAACAAAAAACAAUCAAAAUCAUUAAGAGAUGGCCUUGUGUUCAUUUCUUUCUGCAGACAAAUACAUUUGAUAAUCAAAUGACUGACCAUCUCAGUCCAUGUUGUGCCCUGAUAAGUUCAACACUAUGGACAACAUGGCUGCUCCUUCAGUUUUAACAACGACAAAAAAAACAUGUUGGGUUAAUUGGAGCUUUUCUGACAUUCAUCCAGCAGCCGCAGUCCGUAUUCCCAUUCAUGUACAGAAGUGUCAACAGGCCGCCUUUGGAAAACUCAAAAUCAAGAAAGCAACAGAAAAUGUAGUUGUAUUUAGUGUUUGGAUUCAGAGGAUUAUAGCUUGGUGGUUUGGAUGAUUUUGGUGGGAGAAAUCCAUUUAGAAUUGUUCGAAAGGGGUUUGGUUUCUUUGUUGUUCUUACUUUAUUGCUGUGGCUGUUUGGUGUUUAUUUUCGCUCCACAGAGCAGAGUCUGUACGAUAACGUUGGUGAACCGAUGUUUUAAGACAAAGAUGCAGAGGAUUACGGCCGUAAUACCUUUAUCCAUAGAUGGAGCCCCAUAUUGACAACCCUUAUAACGUGUUUUUGUUUUCCUGGUAGAAGUUUCUUCACGUGAUUGGAGGGAUAGCGUGCCGCACACCCCUAGCUAGUGUGGUAUUGGGGAGGAAGGGUGAGGUGUUGAUCGUGUUGAUGUAGGACUGAACUGUGGGGACGGAGCUUAUUGUUGGGACAGCACUUCACAUAGUGUUGAAGAUUCCUUAGAGGGGUGUGUGUGUGUGUGUGUGUGUGUGUGUGUGUGUGUGGGUGGAUGUGUCUGGGUGGGUGUGUGUGUGGGUGUGUGAGCUCUUAUUUGUACUGAAUAACAGAUUCAUUGUGCCUUGUAGUUGAAAUGAGCUGAUUUCAGUCGUCCGAGUAGAGAGCCUGUCGUGGACCAUUUUUAUCUCGGAGGAGGAGGAGGCAGAGAGGCUAGCACGCGACCUUUUGACCUUUUGAGGUCACGCGGCCGGUGCACCUCUGCUCUUAACAAAAAAGCUACUUUGAAUGUACAUAGGAGCAUGGGAAAGUGCAGAUGUAUGCCACAGAGUCUGUGCAUUGUACCAUAAGAUGGCUCUGAUCUAAGAUACAUUUACUUCUCUCUUUUUUUUUUUUCCUUUUGGUACUGAAAAAGUGGGAAGGGAAUGGCAUUUGGGUGGGUAGGGGCAGGGCUCUUUCUUCGACAAAAAAAGAUAAAUAUUAGUAUAUUCAAUAUUAAUAUCUAUAUAUACAUAUAUGAAAUAUUUGCACACUAUAUUUUGAUUGCUUUUUUUUUGUACCAAAGACACAUGCAACGAUAAAUGGCUACUAAGCCAGACUAAGUAAGGUUUUGCACAGCUUACCUGACACCGUAUUGAAUGUAGGAAAAGUGACUGGGGUCAGGGAUUUUGUUUUUUCAACGAACUGUGAAAUUUGCUUGGGUCCAAUUUAUAAACAGAAAGAAGCAUUCAUUUGCAUUGGGCGUAGUGCACUCCUGUACUGUCGGCAUGGAAGGUUGAUCCGUGUUAGAGGAGGGGAGGGGGCACAUCAUGUUGAGCUGAUUCCUGCAGUUCAAUUUCCCAUUACAUCUAUUACAUCUAACUUUUUAUUUUCUUAAAGGUUGCGUUUGUGCUUGGUUGUGGCGAGCGCAUCUAUAUACAUGUGUUUAUAUGUAUAUAGUUCUAUAUAGAGAGAGAGGGCGGGAGCGAGAGAGAAAAUUUGGUUACCUUUAUCUUUAUUAGCUUUAUUUUUUGCCUAUGUGUAAUGUUAUUUUUAAAUAACCAAAAGGUUUGUUUCUUUAGUUGUAUUAUUUUGUAGAUUAGUAUACAUUUGUGUACAUGAUUAUGCAUAGUAUAAAUAUGUAUGUACUUGUCUUGUGUUCUAGUACUGUAUUGAUUACCAUUCACAAAAACCACACAAGAAUUCUAAAAUGCCACUUUACCAAGCAUGCCACAUCAAUGGAAAUUAGAAGGAAAAAAAAAAAGAUACUAACGUCUGUAUAUUUUUUUACCGAUGGCCUUUCUGAGUCUUUCUGAUGGGGUUGCGGAAAAGACUGUGUUUUUCUUCUUGUCUUUUGAAAUGCUCUGUGUGCAUUUGUAGAGUGCAAAGGUAGCUUUCAGCACUCCCUCUGUGAACAGGUCUCCCUUAGUUUUGACUGUGGAGGAGCUGAGAACAGAAUUAUCCAAUAUGUAUUUCAUUGAAUCCCUCUGAGGAAUCAUUUUUGGUCAAUCCCCUUUGCAAGUCCUGUUGUGAAUCUAAGCUGAACAGUGUGCUCUUGUUAGUUUGAAUUGCUAUACAUAGAUAUGCUGUUACAAUGUGCGUGCAUCUUUGUUAUUUGUGCUCAUGUCUUAAGCACCAAGGCUUGACAAGGCAUCUUGACAGUAGUGAGAUGUGUCUGUCUCUAGUGGUGAUUUUGACAAAAACGAAACUAAGCUGUUUUAUUAAUUCCAUUACCAAUUGCUAGCUAUCACUUUUUUCCUGUUGUUUAACUGUUCUGUAACUCCAUUGGAGUCUUGACAUUUUUUUAGUGUUGUCUGAAGUAAGAUUUCAGAUAAUCUGUUCUGUGUUUUCAUUCAGUUAUUCUGUUCCAAAAACGAUCCCUAAACUAUAUUUGGAAAGAAUAGCCCAUGUUGGAGAUUGUUUUCACUCUGAUUUGUACAUCAGAUACAGUUGAUUUAACAUAUUGAAAUUGACUUUUCCUUUUUUGAUUCAUUGCAAUGAGCAGCAUGACAAGCAUUUGUAGUCAACCGAAUCUAGAAUGAAAAGAGCGUUGUAGUAGGUUAUCCAACUAAUAGUUUUUGUGUUCCAUCUGCAUACACCUGUCUAUAAGGGGACUUGCAUAGUCCAGGAAUCCAGAUGCGUGCCGCAAGGCUGCGCAUCCCUACUCAUCGGCGCCAUUAUGCGUCAAUGCGUAGCGUCCCCUGAAUUUUUGAUACUUGACACGCAUGCCAUGUAUAGUAAAUGGAGGAGAUAUUUGUGUUAUACAUCAAGGCGUGUUAACAUGCGUUGCUCGUGUCAACAGCCUAAGUCAGAGAGCUUGUAGUGGUGUCAGCUGCCCCCUCUGUGUGUUUCUUUUGAGCUCUUAUUUACAGUGAUUUAUACAUAGUAUAAAUUCAGCAUAAAGCCCUGCCUUUCUAUACGUAGCUAAGACCCAGGGUGUACGACCCUCGAGUGAUGAUAUUGUACGUCUUUUGUUUUAGUUGGUUGUUUGUUUCAAUACAAAAAGGGAAAGGAUCCUUUAUCUCUGUCCAAGCAUGAUUGAUAUUUAAAUUCUCGGUAUUUGACUUAAACAGAUGACAGAAUAUGCCUAUUUUCCUUCUCUUAUCAGUGUAGUCUUCAAAUUUAAAUUUACUUUAUACCGUCCAAUGUUUUUUGUGAUUAUUGUUGCAGUGUUCUCUCUGUAUUGUCGAUCUCUUUAUUCUGUAUAUAGGUCUAUAAAUAUAUAUAUAUUACAAUCUCUAUAUUACAUGUAAAAGAAAAAAGAAGCACUUUGUUUUAAAAAUCUGAAAAAUGUUGAGAAAAAAAGAAAAUGCAUUUUCCUUCCAUUUUUGCUGCUAAAACCUGGCCUUGGUUGAAUGCUGCAGAGAGUACGUGACUAAACAACCUGAGCGGUCAGCGAUGGCAGAGGGGGAGUCUGGGGACGAGAUGCCUCUAUAGAAUGGGCCCUUGGUGUAUAUGUGUGCGUGUGUGUGUGUGUGUGUGAAUGGAAGUGUGUAUGCCUGAUGACUCUGAUGGUCAUGAAUUAAUUUGCCUUCGGUAGACAUUUCCUAUGGAAAAUCAAAUUCUGCUCUGGGUUCCUCUUCAGGUCGAUGUACAGUGUAGACAACAUUUCUUCUGGGCUUGAUUCCAGAGAGUGAUGAUGAUAUUGUUAUAUAUUUUUAAAAAGAUAAAAAUCGAUAAUCGAAGAAAAAAAAAGUAAUUUGUACCUGUACGCCGUGGGGGAAAGCUCUGAGACGCAGCAGAAAAUAAGACGUUGCGUGUUUUGUUUUCCUGUAAUGUGUUGCUCAGAAGGAAUACUAUUAUCACUGUACUGUAUGGCAAAGACAUUUGCCACUUUUGGGGAACUUGUACUGAAAAACCUUUUGCCUUUUCCCCCUCAAAACCCAUCCAUAUGUUUGAGAAAGAGCAGGAAAAAAGCUAAAACGCAUGUCUAAAAGUGCAAGUUUAUUCUUUUCUUUUGUCCAGAAUAAGUAGUUUGAUUAAGGCGGCGAGGAAUCGUCUCUUUCAUAGUGUUGUCUACAGUAAGGCAGAUAUAUAGGCCUACCGUACAUCCACUGAAAACAGUGUAAGAACCUGUGCGUCAGGCAUGGGAUAGGCAUCCACCCAUAUGCAUAGCACAGGGACAGUCGGAGAGGAUGAGGUGCGGAUUUUCCUUUGAGCAUGUGGAUUUCCAUCCAUUUUUGUUUUCUUGGUGGAGUUGAAAAAUCAAGGCUCAAGCAGGGGCAACAGUAAGGUGGCAUGUGUUAUAAUAACUGGUUGGUUCAUUUCGGUUUUGUUUCUCUUGACAUCGAGCUAAAUGGGACACAAGCUGUGCAACUUCAAAUAUACCAGGAGACUCUGUGGCAUUUUAACAGACAAGGAAAAUAAGGUUGUAAUGCAAAGCCAGUACUCAUUUUUGUAUGUAUUGUUUCUUGCAUCCUAUCUUACAGACAUCACUAAGAAAUUAAGCUACUGCAUCACGCUACUAUUUUUACUUAGUCGGAUGUUGGGAAAUAUUAAUAGGAGUGGGCUUCUGUUGCAAACCGCAGUAGUUUGUCUUGUAUAUAACCUACACUUUGACAUUUUGGCAAGUCGUUUUGGUUUUGAUGUGCCGUAAUAAGUUUGAUUUGAUUUGGAAUAAUUCUCAACGAAAAACAAUAGCUUCGAUCAGAAAAUUACAUUGUGCAAUCAUCCAAAUCAAAGAUGUAAAAGCUUGCUUGUAUUAUGAACACCUGCGUCUUCAGAAGAAGAAUGGAGACAUUUUUGGAGAGGUUCUAAAAUGAGCUCUCCUGGCACCUCUCGCUGUUUCGUGGCAUGGAGGUGUUGUGAGCUGGUGCUUGAGUAAGUUUGCCGCUCUAUGCCUCUGUAUGGCAGAACCCAGGAGAACCAGUACUGGUCUGGCCCUCUCCAAUGACCUCUGUAAAGAGUCAUUCCUUAAUGUUGCAUAUUAUUUAGCUUUAACUAGGGCUUUCAGUGUUUCUAAGUUGUGUCUAAUUGAUACAUUGACUGAGAGAACCAGCGAGAGGUUCUAGCUGUACCCGUGCUCCAGGACACAGUAACAUAAAACAUACCGUAGGUGGUGGUGGUGGUGGUGGUGGUGGUUGUUGUUGUUGAUUAUUUGAGAACAACAACAACAACAAACAAAUUGGUGAUUUUGUCCACGCUCUCUUUGUGCUCUCUACUCGACUGAUAUCUGGCAUGCAAAUAUCCCUCUAGAGUUGUUUGGCCCGCCUUUAGAACUUUAGGGAUCCCUAAUAGUGUGCUAUGCAGCUUAUAUUCCCUUCGGUAAAGCGCUAUAUGUUGCUGUUUGCAGUCUGUAGCUCGGCUACUUUUUAUUUUAUUUUUUUCAUUUCUCCCUUCUCUGUUCAUUUUGUUCAACACAUUUCUCCACAAGUUUUUGGAUGUUAACCUAUGAAGUGAAUUGUUCUGAUAAAUUUAGAGAGGCUUUUCUUUUGCAACUGAAUCAGACGCAUUGUGGGAUUUUUGUUUCAUUUCUUGUUUUUUCCUGUAGCGAGGAAAGGCGUAAAGCAUAUUUUAUUAAUCUAUGGAAGCUUGUGUUACUUUUCCUAAAUGAAUAUCAUAUUUUUAACAUAUUUAACCAGUUAUGCUGUAGGCUUUUUAUUUUUAUUUUGUUGUUUGUUUUUUUGCUUUUCGAGCACUUUCUUUAUGAACCUAUUUGUAAAAAAAAAGCUUUUCAGUGCAACGCUAAGCUCUUGUCACACUGAUCUAAUGCCUCUCUCUAUAUAAAGAAAACAAUGCUCCUGUGUUUCAAGAGCAAAACUUUUCAUAGACUUGUAUACUGUAUUACAGAAUCUAACAGAUCCAAUGUUGUUCAGAAGCAUUACAGAAGCAUUCCUACAUAUCAUCACUGCAGAUAUCCUUCUUAGCUUGUAUGAGCCUGUUCCCUGUGCUCUAAAAGUUGUGUGUGUGUGUGUGCGUGUGUAUAUAGACCUUUAUUUUUGGUAAUGAUAUGGUAUCUUUAACAUGAAGCACUUCGAUGCAGAGACUAUGUGAAAGGCAUGGACACUGUGCAUGUAGAUCCUGCUCAUUUUUGACAUGUGUGUUCUCUUCUGUCAUUGGAACAGAGUUGUUGACACGAGUGCUUUGCGUCAAAUGGGGGGCCGUUUGUGGUGAAGGUUUCCGCCCACCAUCUCCAAGCCUAAGCAAUGAGCACAAGUGUAAGAAAGAGGAGGAUUUGCAAAGGGUGCCUAACAUAUUCACAUGCAGUUAAGCUAUCCUUGGCGUUCCAAGUAUUUUUAUGACAAAAAAAUAUAAAUAAUACACAACCACAAAAAAAGAGAUACAGCCCGUAUAUUGCACUCGUUUUAUUUUUAUUUUCCAACAAAAUGUCCAACAUUUAUUUUUAAUACGAUGCCUGCAAAAUCAGGUGCCUUAUUCAAAAAACAAGAAUCCAAACUUGAUCAAGUCUUGAGAUUAUUUUUUUUAUGGAUACACAAUAUUCCUCCUCCUCCUUCUCCUCCCAUCAUGCCAAGAAGCUAAACACAAUUUGUUGUGAUGUUUUCAAAUUGUAACAGAGAGGCUGUGGUGGUGGACCUGGGCCGAAUGGAAAACUGUCGCUGCUCUGCCUCCUUGCAGGCUCUAUUUUAAAUGAUGAAUGUAGUCUUCCUUCAAAGGAUUCAAUUCAAUAUUGAGAGAAGAACGUCUUUUUACGCAAAGAAAUUAUUAUGUGUCUGAUGGUGUAUAUAUGGUGGGGCGAGAGGCUUUCCAAAGAGUGCUGCAAUCAUAUUGUAGAUUCAUUUUGAGCUGUUUCUGUAGUUCUGUGUCCCUUUUUCUGUUUCAAUUUUUGUCGUCAUUUUCUUCUUUCGUUUUGUAUUUAUGCUCAAAAUCUGUAAAUUGGUGCACAAGUUUGAAUUGUUUGAUGGAAUUGUAUUAUUAUUAUUAUUAUUAUUAUUAAUUUUUUGCCUUUUGUAUUUGGCCCUCGACUCAAGACUUGCCAUACCAUUUUGUUUUUCUGUUCACCCUGACUUGUUAUCCUCAGUUUCCACUGUCACUUAUCUUGAACAUCAGUAGACAUACAUGAUUCCACCCAUGACAAUGUUGAUGAAUUGCUCUCACUACCCAGCUACGCCCACAAACUGACUUCCAUUGGGUUCUGUGGGCUUUGAGAACCCUCCACUUUUGCGAAGGUAGAUCAGACCUGCUUGAGACAAUGGCAGAGCCUCAACAGUUUGUGUCUCCUCACAAACGUGAAAAAGAUAAUUGUGCCUCUCGAAUUCCUUGGUCUCUCUACUGUGCCGCGGACUGCUGGCUUUCACUCUGUCUCACACACGCAUGCACACACACACUAAAGUGUGAAAACAUACACGAGCACACAUGAAACACAAACGCACACACACACACACACACACACACACACACCUAACCCUUUUGCAAAUGGCCUUCUGCAGUCACUCCUGGACAGAAUACCAAACAAUGGUUUGCGUCAACGCAGCAUGACACACAUACAAACACCGAGGUGCACAUGGUUGGAUCCCAGACCUGUUCGUAACUGAAGACAGCCAUACAAAGAAGUGACUGGACUGAUUGCAGUUCAGUGUUUUGGACUGGACUCUAAAUCAAAUAAAAAGUGGUGCUUACAGACCAGCUCUCUCAGUUGGCGUGGUGACAGUGACGCAGCAUGGGAUCGUUUGUGUUCCUGUCUUGUCCUGCCCUGUAUUUCUCCCCGAAAGUAGAAACCCACUUGGCUUUGUUUGUUCUUUUUUUUUGUUAUUUUUUAUUUUUAUUUUUUUACUUCCCAUUUUGGUUCUCUGGAGCAAGUCUGUCAAUACUCAGUCGUAGUGAGUUUAAACAGAAACAUGGACACACAGAGACAUGUAUACAAAGACAUUGGUAGAAAGCAAAAACAAAAAAAAACGUUGAUUUUGGGAACUUUAGUUUGAGGUUAUGUCUCAUUGCCCACGGUGCUGAAUUCAAAACAAAAAGAUAAAAAAAGAAAAACAAGAAAUCCAUACUUGAACAGCCUAAGUGACUGAGGGCCAGGCUUGGCGCAACAUUCUUUUUUCGUUUUUAUUUACAAUUUUGUUUCUUCUUUUUUUUCCCUUUUCUUUUCGCCGCAAUUGAGGAAGACACCAUUGCCUCUCCCUGUGGCAGUGAGCGAACCAGAAGCAUGACCUGCUUCUCACUGCGUUCUAUUUUAUAUUCUAUAUACACCAGUGCCAAGGCCUUGGUCCCCUGCUCCCACACCCACACCCCCCUGACACCCCUUUCCAAAGACAUGCUGCACAUGUCUACGGCCCUCUCCAGAGACAUGGGGUUUCUUUCCAUUAUCUUAAUCCCAUCCUCCCUUGUGAUUCUGGCUUCGUGUUGACGUAGCAAGAUGUCAUAGAUGACAGAAGUUUAAUUCAAGAUCUCGCAAAAGCCCAAUUCAAAGGUCACUUUCUUAUUUUGCAACCGGAUAGAUGUUCAAUGGGAAAAAUUCCCCCAAUGGUUAGUGUGGCUAGGCUGGCAGCGAGGAAACAUAAUUGUUUUCUCCAUGUCAGCAGGGCGUCAGCGGGAGGCCACAAGCACAGGUGGAGGACGGGAGUUAGUAUAGUUGACUGUACCCUCACUGUCUAUGCCCCUCUCCAAAGACAUGCUGUACAUGUCCAUGCCCUUCUCUCUAUCGGGACAGUCAGGUUUGGGUGGAAGAACUGGCUCGUUCUACUAUGGGGAGUUGGGUGUUAAUUUGCCAAGGGGCCUCGUUUGGAGCAGGCAGGUGAGAAGCUGGGGAUACUGUGGAGUAGCGCGGCCAGUGGCCAUUGAUCUGUCUCUCCCUCCCCUUAUAACAUGGGUGAUUGGACCACACACACACCCUCCCUCCCUCCUGCACUGGGCUCAAUGUAGACUAAUGCAUACACACACACCCACACACACACGACAAGAAGGCCAACCGACCCGUACUGAUGAUGUUUAAGGAAAAAAAAUCCUGUCUAAACGCUCUUCUCAACUUGUGCACAUGCAGCCAGGCAGGCAGGCAGACAGACCUACACGUCGCAGUGAUUUACAUCUCCUUCCAAACUUGCCAAAAUGUAUAUUUAUAUAUAAUAUACAAACUUUAAUGGUGUGAGAGCAAAUUUGACCCUCAACAUUAGUUGUGGUUACAGCAAACAAGAACCACUGAAAUCCAUACAACACAAUCAAUUCAAAUACGAUUACAACAGUCUCACCCAUCGUUUCAGAAUGGAAAAGAAAAAAAAGUGAAGAAAAAAAAGGUCACACGGUAACUCAUGAUCUUGAUGUAAUGCUUCAGAUGUUGUAUGGUAAAACUUUUAGAUAAUUUUAGCAUGGGAUCUUUACGUAGCUAGUACUGUGUGCGUACCCCCCCUCAAGUGUAAAAUCUCUUGUCACUCUAGGAAGGCUGUAUCUCAUUGCUAAGUGCUCUGUUCUAGAACUCUUGGUGAAAUUCUUCAGCAAAUCUGCAGAGGUGUAUCCUGCUGACUUAAACAUUAACUUGAUCCUAUUAGCAAUGUCUAUAUUUGUAGUUUCACAUAUAUGCCUGUUCAAAUACAAUAUCUUGACAGUUGUUAUAUUUAUGUUUAAAUGUUGUGCUGGGGUUAUACUUCGGAUGGUCUGCUUAUUUCUUGGUUUUCUGUUAUUUUUUCCAUGUUUGUUUUGAUUCUUCUCUUUUCUUUUUGUUUUUGAGGCAUAAUUAAUUGGAGACUCAAUCUAGAUCAUUAAGCUUUGUACAUGUGAUGCAGAUGUGAAGUAGGCUUGUAGAGACAGUGGUGAUUGGUUUUUGAGAAGAUGUCUACUUGUGUAAUUGUGCCUCAUUUCUCUUUUCUUUUUUUGUUCACUUGUUUCUUUUUUCUCUUAUUUUUAUUUUCUAUUAUUACCUUUUCAUUAUGUCACACCAUUGUAUCAGCCCGGAGUUGGUACCACAGUUUGCUUGUAACCAUGGUAGUCUAAUUCUGUUAUUGAUUUUAAUAUGAAAAUAAACAUUAGAAACCAUA